CCCCUCGGCGCUUCUUCCCUUGGCGAAGGCGAUAACUAUUCCUGCUCAAGCAUUCUUGGACUUUGGUUGGCACUACGCAGUAACAUUUUUCUUAUCAACGGUCUGCAUAUAUCCUUUGGUUCCACGUACGGUUAUGGGCUUUUCGAACUUUUUUCUUAA